UUCCCUUGCUCUAUCAGUGUGCACACUCUGCUCUGUCUGUGCCUGCAUUUUUUUCCCCCUUCUCAGUCGUUCCCUGUCUCUCAGCAGCGGCAGCUCGGGGGAGGCAGCUGUAUGUGCGUCUGCAUCACAAUUGCCACAGGUAAAGACAGCUGCGUCGUCGGAUGUUGCGAACCCCACGGGGGGUUGGGGAGCAUUCGCUGCUGCAGUUGCAAGUUCUCAUCCCAGCGCGGGGCUCACAUUCCUAAUCAUCUUUAAGAAAUCAUCCUGAAGGGAAGGACGAGCAGAGGAUCCCAGCAACUCGACCAACAAAUCACAGGCUGACUGGAAAGAGCACAGGCUUUGAGGGACUGAGGAAAAAACACCUCUUGGAAAGAGCGAAUCAGUGGGAUAUUUUUAAACACUGUGACCUCCUGUUUGUGUUUUUCCUCCUAUCUCUCGCUUUCUGCUCAUUCUGCUUCAGUCAUUUCAUCCACUCCCUGAUUCCCAUCCGCUUGCUCUCUCAUUUUAUUCCUCUGUGGUGGAAUGUUUCCUUCAAAUAGAUGAGAAGAGGCUUUCUGAGUGUUUGCUGCAGUAAUAACGGACAGUACACUGAGACAGCAGGGCGCUGAGCGGACAGCUUGGGGAAAUCUGAUCCACAGCCGGCUGGAGAAGGAGCGGGAUCACGCGUCGCAGUUGCAGAUUUAUCCGCCCUGUGAUACCACUGCGCGACAACACCCCUCAGUCUUUUUUUUUCCUUCCCUCUACCUCUCUCUGUACUCAACUUGCAUUUCGACUGGACCUGGAAAAUUAAUUGGAGUCUACUGCUUUAUUUUUAGCUGCACUGGAAUUUAGAGCACACACAAAAGAAGAAAAGUGGGUUUGGAUCCAAGGAGUGAUAGAAAAAAAAAUCCUCAAAAAGGGAGAGGCUGAUUGAAAAGCAACGGGCAAACAGAGAUAGUGAUUAAUCCGAGGGGAUUGUUUGGAAGAGGCAUAAACGACAGAUCUUUUUGCUCUCGCUCUCUUUCAGUUACGAAAGAGACACAUUUUGGAAGCUAAGGGACGCUGACUCUGCUAAAGCUGUCGGAACAGGCUGCAUUGGGAAGCAUCUUUCAUUUUUUUGGUCUUGCAUAGGGUGGGGAAGCAUCGAGACCCACCCUGCAAGUUUCACUCCCCUGAUUAGACAAUACUGACCCACUGUGGAUUGUACAUGGAGGGGACAUACAUGCAUGUGAAGUAGAAAUUGCUGUGGAUUUUUGCUGCAGUGGCAUCCGGACAUUGAUGCCACAGAUAGCUCACAUGCACAGAUGUAAAGCUGUUCCUUCCCACCCAUCUCUCCCUCCCAUAUCUCUCUUUGUCCCUCUUCCUCCCUGUUAAAAGCGUCACUUCUUAGUCUUCUUCCUCUGGCUUACCCUGCUGUGAACAUUCUUGAAGUUUGCUGUUGCUUCAGUUGGACAUCGGGAGCUGGGCAGGACUAAACGCGGACUAAUCGUUCGAUUAUCCGUCUACGCCAGCUCCUCCAUUUCUCACUGGGUGUCUCCGAGUGUGAGUGUGUGUGCUUGUGUGUUUGUGGUGGUGUGUAUGCAUGUAUCUCCUGCACCCUUCCCCUUGUCUCUACCCUUGGAUUACAUCUUUGUGUACGUGUUUCUAAGCAUCCGAUUCCCGUGAAGUUUGUUUGUGUCCAUUUCUUCACCUUUCAUUUUGUUUCUUCUGAUUGUCCGGCAUUGUAGGGAACCUUUCUGUAAUAAGCUACUGAUGCCUAUCACAGGGUUAACCCUCAAUGAGCCAUAAAGGACGGCAGGGAAGGAUGAGUGAGUGUUCUGGGGCAGCUGUCUCCGGGGCGGUGAUCCUGGAGGAACCUGAGGGUUCAGGGGCUACAGCAGGGCGUGGAGAGGGCCAGGCCCAGGAUCAGGGUCCCCUUCGCUGUGCAGUAUGGCCUCGCCAGCAGACAUGGCUGUGUGUGGUCCCUUUACUUAUUGGUUUCAUUGGCCUUGGAUUGAGCCUGAUGCUACUGAAAUGGAUUGUCGUCGGCACAGUACGGGAUUACGUGCCAACAGACCUAGUGGAUGCUAAUCGGAUAGGCCAGGAUCCUAUCUUCCUCUCUAAGCCAAGCGGGAUUCCCAAAAGUCCUGAUACCACCACCACCACAACUACUCCUACAGUCGAUGGUGGGAACCCGACGCCUAGAACAGUAACUGUUGCAAAAGGUAGAACUCGUUCCACUGCUACUACCACGACUAUAAACCCUCGAGGGAAUGGAGCCUCUGGUAGCCAAGUUACCCCACGGAAUCCUGUACAUCGUAACGGACGUGGACCUUCGGGUUUUACUACGACCACUCCAGGGCCACGGACGACCUUCAUCAUUGGAGCAGCAACAUCUAGCCCCUCACCAUCCAAUCCAACUGUACUCCAUGACUCUACGCAGAUGUGGACCCCCGAGCAUACUACUACUGAGGCGGUCUCUACCACGCUCUCCACGCGUACGCACAGCCACCGCAAAACACCGUCUCCAACGGUCCCUCCGCUGCACUCGGAGCAUUUCAAACCCUGCCACGAGAAGGACCUGGCGUACUGCCUGAAUGGAGGUGAAUGCUUCGUCAUCGAGACGCUUAGUGGGCCACACAAGCACUGCAAGUGUCGAGAAGGCUACCAGGGAAUCCGCUGUGACCAGUUUCUGCCCAAGACAGACUCCAUCCUUUCUGACCCAAAUCACUUGGGCAUCGAGUUUAUGGAGAGCAAAGAGGUGUACAAGAGACAGGUGCUGUCAAUCACUUCCAUCGCCAUGGCAAUCAGCCUCCUGGGGACCCUGUGUAUGGCCCUCUACUGCCGCAACAAGAGGCGCAGAGAGAAGCUGCAGGCCCACCUGAAGGAGAGUCGCAGUCUGAAAAACUACACUGCGAAUUCCCAUAAUGCCCUGGAUGCCAAGAUGAGAGCCUCUAACAACAACCUGCAAAUGCAUGAGUACUGCAAACGGUCCUCGCAGCCCCGCCAAGGAAACGUUUGUGAGUCCAGCUUUGCACACUGCAACAUCUCCACUGCAGCAUCCAACAACUCCAGGGGAACAGCAAAACAUCACAGAAGUGGUUCCUUGUCUCACAUCCCGGAUCAGAGAACCCGGACAGCCCAUUGGUCAGCCCCACGCAGGACCCCGCCAAUACCCAGGGGAAGGCUAAAUCCGAUUGGAGGGUCCAAGUAUUCGGGCCCCGCCUACCAACAUCUUCAAGAAGUAGACUCCUCUGAGAGGGAGGCUGAAGCACAAAGGGGUUUCCAGAUGCAGGGAGAGAAGCAAUGUGGUGACCCCAGACGAGAUGCCUUCCUACAUAUGCAAACUCCCGUUUCCAUGGAGACAACAUCGUCAUCUCCUUGGAGUGGCCGCAUGGAGGUGGGUUCAGGCCUGUGCGCUCCACCUGAGCACAGCGAUCCCAACCCCACCACCCGCAGCCUGCGCAGGCCUGGACGCCGCCCCAGCCGUUCCCCGCCGCCACCAUUUCGCUCCUGCUCCAUCCCCAUCAUCCCCUCCGUCCAAUGUCACCAUGACAACGAGGUGUCUUGCAUGCAAACGAAUGUCACCCCGGCAGCCGCAGCGAUGUCAGUUACCUGUGGAUCCACGCCCUGCAAGGAGGAGAGGAGAGAGAAGUCAGCACACGCCACGCUGUCUUCUUCCUCCUGCUCGUCCGCCAUCGGCCAGCAGCAGGAUGAGGUGGCGCUGCUGCUGGAGGAGGCGCAGGAGCAGCUCAGGGCAUUGGCGUUGGCUCACAGGAAGCAGGAAGACGGUGGGCUCUUCUGCGGUGGCUCUACAUCUGCGCUGGUGGAGGCCAGAGAAACUGUUUGCUUCCUGAACCUUAAUGGAGGAGUCACUGGGGCGCUGAGCUGUAAUGGACCCACGCAGACCCAGUUACUCAGCCCCAGUCAAUCACACAGAGACCUGGUCCCAAACAGCCAAUGAAAGGAGACGGUUUAGGACAUUCACUUUCCGUUUGACAGCGUUUGACAGACUGUGGUGUUCUGCAUCUGUGGGACACAAAUGGAAAUGCCGGAUUAAAAAAAAAAAAAAAAAUGUUAUAUCAUGGAUAUUCUGAAACUGUGCUGAUGAUAUGCAUACCGUGUGGAUACGAACAUACAAACACUUCUGGAGUGGCUGCCUUUACACUGACUGACAGUAUGGAAAAAGAGAAAAAAAUAUUUACAUGCAUUUAUUUACAAAACAAGAGAAACACUUAGGCAAAAAGAAACCAAAUAGUCUGUCAAAUCCAUGGUGUUUUUAAUUGUAAAAAGAAUAUAUAAAUAUAUAUAUAAAUAUAUAUGGAUAUAAAUAUAUGGAAUUCAAAAAGUGACCAAGUACAAAGUUGAAGAACACAGGAAUGAUGUAACUAUUUUUCUUUCUCUUUUUUUUUCUUUCUCCCUUUUUUGUAUUAACUCUGUCACAUUUUGGUUAUCGCUCACUUCUAACGAAAAGAACUUCAUUACCAUCCCGCUGCACGUCUGCGAGCCGCGAGUCUGACUCUGCGAGCCUGCACAGAAUCCUAAAAUGGCCAGCGAGGGAAGGAGCCUUCACGCGUGUUUCACCCCCUCUUUGCCUUUUUGAAAAGCUUUCUUACGCAGCCAAGAAAUACAGCACAGCCCGAUGUGGUUACCAACAACACUUUGAGGAUUUACGACACAAAACAUAAAAACUCCCUGGCUAUGUGUGUGUGUGCGUGUGUGUGCUGUGGUGCAUCGAGGAACGAGCGGGAGCAGAAGAAGAAAAAAAACAGGAAACAGCUCCCUCUACAAUCGGUCAGAUUUGGGAGGGCAGAUUGUCACAGACAGCCCGGAUGCUGACUCACCUUUGGGCCAGUGUUUCCAACCAGUCUAGAUUAUUUUUGUUUUUGUUACAAAUGAUAUUUUCACACACAUAUGCACACACACAUUCACCUGUGCAUUAUUUUUCUGUUGGAUGGUUGAAUGGACAGAGGGACAAAAGACAGACCGAGGGACAAAGGACGGACAGAGGGCUAAGGAUUACCACAGAAGCUAAUGUGACAUUUUUUUUAGUUUGUUUUAUUUUCAGUUUUUUGGUUAUCGAUGAACAAUGCUGCUUUCUGGGGUUGAUGGGAGGGAGAACCACAUGGUUUGGGUCUUGAAACAAGAAAUAAAUGUCUCUAUGUUGUAUCCUAUGAAUUGGAAGCUUUUGAAUCUCUGUAUGAAGUUACAGCCAAAUGUUUCUGGUGGAAAAAGUAAAAAAAAAAAAAAAAAAA